AUGGCCUGGUCGCCAUACCCUGCAGCUGAGGCGCUCGCCGAUGCAGUGGCGGCCAAGUUGAUGUUCGAGACCCCCGGGGCGCGCCCCACCUCGGCUGGCCACUCCGAUGUGGCGUCCCGGAGCCGGCCACCUUGGCCUACGGGCCCGCCCUCCUUCCUGCUGCGAGCAGCGCGGCAUGCCUCCCGCUCGCCGCCUGAAGACUCCGCAAUCGUGGAGGCUCGGCAGGCGGCCGAGGUCGCCGCCGAAAGGCUGCGGCGCGCAGGGAACACAGCCUUUGGGGAGCACCGCUGGGAGGACGCUCGGGAGGCCUACACACAGGCCAUCGAGACGCUGCGGCCCGCUGAAGCCUUCCGCGCCAAACUCGCACCGCUGCUCGCCAACCGCGCGGCCGCCUGGCUGAGCAUCGGACGACCGGAGGAGGCCGUGGCAGACUGCAUCCUUGGCCUCAAGCACGACCCCUCCCACGUGCGCUGCGGCAUCCGACUGGCCACUUGCUACAUGCGCAUGGGCGAGUUUCCUGAUGCGCUGGGUGCGCUGCGCGACCUGGAAGCCGCUGGGUGCAACCCCGAGGACCCGGCGGUGCAGGCCAAGGCGGCCGAGGUCGCGGAGCAUGCGCACGAGGUCCUGGACCUGCUGACCUGCGUGGUGCGGCGCCCCGUCCCCGCAGACCUGGCGGCCAGGUACCUUGGGGAAAGGGCCGACUUCCACGCCGGCGACCUGGAGGGGGCGCAGGGCGCGCUGGGCACGCUGCGCGGCCUGGCCCGAUGGGACGGCGAGGGAAUUGGCUCCGAGGGCCCCGGCGCCGCGUCGGCGGCGCUCCUGCGCUGGCUGGUCCCCGUCCCCCCUGACGCCGAGGUGGACGAGCUGCGGGCUGGGCUGAGCGCGGUCCUGGCGGCCAAGGCGGAGGGCAACGAGCACGUGGCGGCGCGGCGCUUCGACGCGGCGGCCGAGGCCUAUGCCCGCGCGCUGGCCGCGCCGACGCUCUCCCCUGCCGCCGCGGCGGUGCUGCACUGCAACCGCGCGGCGGCGCACCUGGGCGCCGGCCGGCUGGCGCUCGCGGUGGCUGACAGCGGGCGCGCCGCGUGCCUGAAGCGCGGCUACGCCAAGGCGCACUCGCGCCUGGCCACCGCGCUGGGCGAGGUCGGGCGCCACGCCGACGCGGCCGAGGCCCUGCGUCGCGCGCUGGCCUGCCGCGGUGCGACCCCCGCGGAGAAGAAGGGCUACCAGACGCGCCUGGCGGCGGCGCAGCGCGCCGCCGCGCCGCGCUCAAACGGCAUGAUGCGCCGCGGUGGCGAGGGCGAGGCGCCGCCGCCGCCGGACCACUACCGCCUGCUGGGCCUGGCGGCGAACUGCAGCGGUGAGGAGGUGCGCCGCACCUUCAAGCGCCUGGCCUUGCAGCUGCACCCGGACAAGACGGCGGGGGCGGUGCGGUGCCGCGCCAGCCUGGGCUCCUGCGGGGCGGUGAUAGAGGAGGACCAGGAGACCGAGCUGCGCCAGAGCCUGCAGGAAGCAGCCACCUGGCUCUUCAAGUGCCUGAGCGAGGCGCACGAGGUGCUGACCGAUCCGGCUGCCAGGAGGGCGCUGGACCGGGAGCUGGAGGGAAGGUCCCAAACGCCCGCGCAGCACUGGCAGGGAGCGCGGCCUCCCUUCGGGCCCAUGGGCACGGCCUGGACGCAGCAUGCGCAGCAGGGCUGGCGCGCCGAGCCCUGGUUCCACAGGCAGUACGAGGAGGAGGACGACUCCUUUUUCUUCUCCUCCGCCUCCAGCAACUGGUCCUCACGCUGGAGGAAGCCGGGCGGCUUCUGA